AUGGGGUAUCCAACAACAUCCCAGACCGAAAUCCCACCGCCUCCGCCCAACGAGUCAGUCCUCCUCAGCUACCCGACGCCCAACAUCCUGCUGGUGACCAUCAACCGCGCGCGGCAGAUGAACUCGAUCCCCUUCCCCGUGCACUGGCACCUGCACCGCGUCUUUGAGUGGUUCGACCGCGAGCCGACGCUGCGCGUCGCCAUCAUCACGGGCGCGGGUCCCAGGGCCUUUUGCGCCGGCCAGGACCUGAUCGAGCUGGGCAAGCGCGAUCCCAAGGAACUCGAGGAGAAGCCGUACCUGGCCAUGCACCCGAGUACGGGGUUUGCGGGCAUCAGUCGGAGGUUGGGCAAGAAGCCUAUCAUUGCUGCUGUCAAUGGGUUUGCGUUGGGCGGCGGGUUCGAGAUUGUUUUGAACUGCGACAUGACGGUCGCCUCGCCGAGCGCGACAUUCGGCCUCCCCGAGUCUCUGCGCGGCAUCUACGCCGGCGCAGGCGGCCUGCCCCGGCUGGUGCGCAACGCCGGCUUACCGAUCGCGUCCGAGGUGUCGAUGACGGGCCGCACGCUCACCGCCGCCGAAGCCCUCAAAUACAACGUCGUCAACCGCGUGUCGGCGACGCCCGAGUCGUGCGUCCCGGAGGCCGUCCAGCUCGCCCAAAAGGUCGCCGACAUCUCGCCCGACGCCAUCAUUGUCACCCGCGCCGCCCUGCGCGAGACUUGGGAGAACGGCUCCGUCGAGCGUGGCUACCAGCUCAUCGACGAGCGGAUGAAGAGGGGUCUCAUGGGGGGCGAAAACGCCGCCGAGGGUCUCGCCGCGUUCAGGGAGAAGAGGAAGCCCGUGUGGAAGGCGUCGAAGUUGUAG